UGGAGCCUGUGCGAGCGCCGUCGGCAGUAAAGUUCCCAAAUAAUAGCUGUUUGUAUUUUGGCUGCAGCAGUGGCCAUUUUAGGUUGACAUGUUAUGAAUGAGAUUUUGAUAUUGGAAGUCAAGGAAAGGAUUCUUUCCACAGUCAAAGAUCUGUAACCAGAAGCUUCAGCAUAAUUGGCCAGAAAAAAGAACAGAAUCUACACAGUGUCCGAGGAUGAGAGCCCAGUUAAUGAUGUCUUGUGGCCCGACCUCAUCGUACUACUGAUUAUACUAAGCUGGCUAUAUGAAAACUAGAUCAUGAAAAUACAGAAGAAAGAAAAACUGCCUUCCACUUCAAAGGCAUCGAAGCAUCCGCUGACCCCAGAUGCCUCACCUGUUGAUGGACACACAGUACAGCUCUCGCACACAAGCACCAAGGACCAACUAACCUUACUCAAUCCAGCAAAAGCUCCAGAAUCAGCUGGACUCUUGAUUGAGACAAGCAGCAAGAGUGAUGCUCAAGGUGCACUGGGAGAUGUGAGCGUGGACCAAACGCUGCCCCUUUCCAAGGCUGAGGAUGGAGGCACAAGGGUUAAGAAAAAAAGGAAGAAAAAAGAACCAAAGGAAGAGGCAGGUAGUGAUACAGCAACCGGUGACAGUGCACCCAAACCAAAGAAGAAAAGGAAGGAGCCAAAAGGGGACAAAGAACCUAAAGAGGGCAAAGUGGCAAAGGAGCCAAAAGGUUCUAAAGGACCCAAGGGCAUCAGAGAACCGAAGGAACCUAAAGGGGCCAAAGGGGCCAAAGAACCGAAGGAGCUUAAGGGUACUAAGGAACCCAAGCAACCUAAAGAGCCAAAAUGCAAAUCCACCACUACACCCAAAACCAAGGGCAGCAAGAAAACCAGCAAAGAGCAAGGCCCAAUGCCAACUGAAAAGAAGAAGAAAGGUAAAAGGAAAAGUGCUGUUCCAGGAGACAAUUCCGAGCAGGAACAGUCUGCAGCAAAGACUUCACAGGGCACAGAGGAACUAACAGAUGCACAGAAGCGACGAUCAGGCCGUCAAGUAAAACGAAGGAAAUACAAUGAAGACUUGGACUUCAAAGUUGUCGAUGAUGCCGGUGAAACAAUUGCUGUACUGGGAGCAGGGCGGAUUUCUCCGAACUCUGGGUCCUCACAGAAAGGAAACCAGACGACGGAGAAUCAAGAGGAAGAUGAAUCUGCUGUCAUUGAGAAGAUACUGGCCAUGCGCACUGUGCAGAAGGAGACUCCUGGUGGAAAGCCGCAGGAAGUUGAAGAAUUCUAUGUUAAAUACAGGAAUUACUCUUACCUGCAUUGCAAAUGGGCCACGGUGGAGGAGCUGGAGAAAGACAAAAGGAUUCACCAGAAAAUCAAACGUUUCAGGACCAAACGGGCCCAGAUGAAAAACCUUUUUGUUGAGCCGGAUGAGGAACCAUUUAAUCCCGACUAUGUUGAAGUAGACAGGAUCCUGGAUGUAGCACAUACGAUAGAUACUGAAACUUCAGAGCCUGUGACUCAUUACCUGGUGAAAUGGUGUUCUCUACCCUAUGAAGAAAGCACUUGGGAGCUAGUGGAAGACAUUGACCCAGUCAAGAUUCAGGAAUAUGAGGACUUGCAAAUCAUUCCCGAAGUCUCAAACUUGGAACGUCCUCCUGCUGAAACUUGGAAAAAACUGGAGUUGUCACGACCAUACAAGGCAGACAAUAAACUCAGGGAGUACCAGCUGGAAGGAAUGAACUGGCUGCUCUUCAACUGGUACCACAGAAAAAAUUGCAUUCUGGCGGAUGAAAUGGGUCUGGGGAAGACUAUCCAAUCAAUUACGUUUCUAUAUGAAAUAUAUCUGUUGGGAAUCCGGGGCCCAUUCCUCAUUAUUGCACCUCUCUCCACGAUAGCCAACUGGGAGCGAGAGUUUCGAACGUGGACAGAGGUGAAUGUAAUCGUGUAUCAUGGCAGCCAGAUCAGUCGACAGAUGAUUCACCAGUAUGAAAUGCACUACAAGGAUUCUGAGGGAACUCCCAUUCAGGGACUUUUCAAGUUCAGUGUAAUCAUCACCACGUUUGAAAUGAUACUGGCUGACUGUCCUGAACUGCGAAAAAUCCAGUGGAGUUGUGUGAUUAUCGAUGAAGCUCACAGACUGAAGAACAGGAACUGUAAACUGCUGGAGGGUCUCAAACUCAUGGCACUGGACCACAAAGUACUUCUGACUGGAACCCCUUUGCAGAACACGGUGGAAGAACUCUUCAGUUUGUUGAAUUUUCUCGAACCAGUUCAUUUUCCUUCUGAGUCAAGCUUCCUGGAGGAGUUUGGGAAUCUGAAGACUGAUGAGCAGGUGAAGAAACUGCAGGCAGUGCUGAAACCCAUGAUGCUUCGAAGACUGAAGGAUGAUGUGGAAAAAAACCUGGCUCCAAAAGAGGAGACCAUAAUUGAGGUGGAACUAACCAACAUUCAGAAAAAGUACUACAGGGCCAUCCUUGAGAGAAACUUUUCCUUCUUGGCAAAAGGGGCUAACCAGGCCAACAUGCCAAACCUGCUGAAUACCAUGAUGGAACUGAGAAAGUGUUGUAACCAUCCCUACCUGAUCAAUGGUGCCGAGGAGAAAAUCUUGGAUGAAUUUCGUGAAGUGCACAAUCCUGAUGCUCCUGAUUUUCAGCUGCAGGCCAUGAUUCAAGCAGCGGGUAAAUUGGUGCUGAUCGACAAACUGUUGCCCAAACUGAUUGCUGGUGGGCACAAGGUGUUGAUUUUCUCCCAGAUGGUGCGCUGCCUGGAUAUACUUGAAGAUUACCUCAUUCACAGACGGUACACCUAUGAACGCAUUGAUGGCAGAGUCAGGGGGAAUCUCAGGCAGGCUGCAAUCGACCGCUUUUCCAAACCAGACUCCGACCGCUUUGUGUUUCUGCUCUGCACCAGAGCUGGAGGCCUUGGUAUCAAUCUUACUGCAGCAGACACUUGUAUCAUCUUCGAUUCAGAUUGGAACCCACAGAACGACCUGCAGGCUCAGGCCCGAUGUCACCGGAUAGGACAGAAUAAAGCAGUUCAGGUGUAUCGACUAAUAACUCGGAACUCGUAUGAGCGAGAGAUGUUCGACAAGGCAAGCCUCAAGCUAGGUCUUGACAGAGCUGUGCUGCAAGCAAUGAACCGCAAAGGAAACACUAACGGGGUGCAGCCAUUGUCUAAGAUCGAAGUGGAGGAUCUGCUUCGUAAAGGAGCAUAUGGAGCUCUGAUGGACGAGGAAGACGAAGGGUCAAAGUUUUGUGAAGAGGACAUUGAUCAGAUACUUCUUCGUCGAACUCGCACCAUCACGAUUGAAUCGGAAGGGAAAGGCUCCACAUUUGCAAAAGCUAGUUUUGUGGCAUCAGGGAACAGAACUGACAUCUCUUUAGAUGACCCUAACUUCUGGCAGAAAUGGGCCAAAAUUGCAGAGCUAGAUAUUGAGUCAAAGAAUGGAAAAGACAGUUUGGUGAUUGACACGCCACGUGUCAGGAAACAAACUAAACACUACAAUUCCUUUGAGGAUGACGAGCUGAUGGAGUUCUCUGAGCUUGACAGUGAUAGUGAAGAUAAGCCUUCGAGGUCUCGCCGUCUUCAUGACAAGACCCGCCGAUAUCUCAGAGCAGAAUGUUUUCGAGUGGAAAAGAACCUGCUGAUAUUUGGGUGGGGACGAUGGAAGGACAUCCUUUCACAUGGACGAUUCAAGUGGCACCUGACGGAGAAAGACAUGGAGGUCAUUUGUCGUACUCUCCUGGUUUAUUGCCUGAAACACUACAAAGGAGAUGAGAAGAUUAAAAGCUUCAUCUGGGAUCUUAUUACUCCCACAAAAGAUGGGCAAAACCAAGCGUUGCACAAUCACUCAGGAUUAUCAGCACCUGUACCCAGGGGGCGGAAAGGCAAGAAGAUAAAAACACCACUUUCCCAACCAGAGCUGAAGAACGCUGAUUGGGUGGCCAGCUGUAACCCUGAUGUGCUCUUUCAUGAUGAUGGCUACAAGAAACAUCUUAAACAGCAUUGCAACAAGGUCUUACUGCGCGUACGAAUGCUGUAUUACCUUAAACAAGAGGUGCUGGGAGAAGCUGCUGACAAAGCUUUGGAUGGUGUUGAUGCAAGUAAGCUGGAUGUCUGGAUUCCUGAUGUGGACUAUAAUGAUAUGCCAGUUGAUUGGUGGGGUGGAGACUCGGACAAGAGCCUGCUCAUUGGAGUUUACAAGCACGGUUAUGAGCGCUACAACGCGAUGAGAGCUGACUCAGCACUCUGCUUCCUUGAAAGGGUUGGCAUGCCCGAUGAAACCUCGUUGGCAGCUGAACAAGGAGGUGCCGACCUGUCAUCAGACAUAACUGAAGGGGUCGACUUGUGUAAAGGUGAUGACUCAGAGUUGAAGUCAGAUGGACAAUUCAAGGACCUGCCAGAUGAAGAUGCAAACUCCUGCAAUGAGUCAGGGAUUAUGGAGAAAGGGGAAGACUCUAAUCUAGCCCAGGAUGGUGUGGACGUUGACCGCCCACAAUGGCCAGUUGCUUCAGUGCUCACUGCUCGGCUCCGACGUCUCAUAACAGCCUACCAGCGCUGCAAUCGUAAAGAGAUGGUGAGGAUGGAAUCUUUAGCUCGCAAUAACCGGCGUCGUUGGUAUCCACAGGAUGAGAUCUGGGGAAGAGUACCAGAAAUGGACAUUGUUACCAUGGAUAUCCAACAACGCUGGACGAGGAGGGAGCAGACAGAUUUCUAUCGUGUGGUUUCGACAUUUGGUGUGGUGUAUGAUCCUGACAGGAAACAGUUUAACUGGAACCAGUUUCGCAGCUUUGCCAGGUUAGAAAGGAAAACGGAUGGGAGCCUGGAAAGGUAUUUUCGAAGCUUUAUGGCAAUGUGCCGGAGCGUGUGCCGUUUGCCUCCAAGGAAAGAAGAGCCUUCAGACCCCAGCAUUUUUGUUGAGCCUAUCACAGAAGAACGCGCUUCAAGGACUCUGUACCGGAUUGAACUGUUGCGGAAAGUUCGGGAGCAGGUACUCCGGAGCCCACAACUGAAUGAACGGCUAAAACUCUGCCGCCCUAGUCUGUACCUGCCAGUGUGGUGGGAAUGCGGCAAACAUGACCGUGAUCUGCUGAUUGGCACAGCCAAACAUGGCCUCAGUCGGACAGACUACUACAUUCUUAAUGAUCCUCAACUUUCUUUCCGGGAGGCCCACAGGAACUAUGUGCAGAAUGGAAGCAGCUACUUCCAGAAUGUCCCAGCACCUUACAGCCAAUCCUCACUCAACCUCAGCCAAUCUGCAUCCCCUGCAUCCACUGUACUCACUCUAGGUGAGAAAGACAAUAUUGAGCAGAUGGAUACAGAGCAGGAGAAAAUGGAAGAGGCUUUAGAAGAGCCAAGCCCAAAAGCAGGAGCACUUGGUGCUUGUUUGGAAGUGAAGAGUGAAGAGGAUGCUGCUGACUGCACAAGCAGGUGUGAUGCUUCCCAAGCUAAAGUGAGGCCACCUGACCCAGUGGCUACAAGGAAUGAAUGGGGAGCUGCAAAUUGCAUUCAGGCUGGAUUUUUUAGUAUACCAAAUUCGCACAUGGAGUCUAAAGGAACAAGUGAGUUUGGUGGAAACUGCAAUGAGGACAAUGGGGGAGACAGUUUGCAAAGUCCUAUCCUUAAAUGCAGCUCUUCAAUGGAAAACUUGCAGGCUGUGUGUGGCGAUGCCAACCAGACUGGAAUAAACUGUUUGAACUUUGUGCAGGUGAAAUCCAAUGGCGUAUUGGAGUUGCAAACUGUAUCUGAGAAGAUGGCAGACAGUGUAGUAGCACCUGUAUGUAGUAUAGCUGGAGCAGAACCUGUGAUGGACACAGUACUUGGUGUGAUUGCAAAACAUGACCUUAAACAGUGCGAGCUGCUGAAAGCUGAAAAUGAAUGUUCAGAAGAUAAGCAGUCAACAGAGAUAACUGAUCGUGAGAACGUAAUGAUCGAACAUACCUAUGACAUGCCGGCUAAAUAUCUGGCUGUGGGUCAUGUGCAGACUGCAGCCAAUGGCAUUGACAAAUCACAAGCUGAAAUCAAUCAGUUGUCUGACCCGAACACUCCAGCUGCAGUUCCUAAAGAUUCAGAGGUCUCUAAUGAUUUGAAGCUGAUGGAAGCUACGUCAGGCCGUGAACAGCAAGCUGUAACUGUGAGUGAGAACAGCUCAACAAAGGAAGCUGGAAACAUGACCAAUGUGCAUGUUGAAUCAGGUCAUGCACCAUUUGAGGCCGUUGGUGUGAAAUGCCUGCCAAGUGGACUUCAGUCCUUCAGAGCGGCCCAUUCUGUUGUGAAGAUAGCGGAUGCUGCACCAGGGUCACCGUCAGAUCGAGUAGAUGUGGCCCCCAUAAAGCAGGAGAUGACAUUCAGACAUCUCCUUGAGGACUGUGUCAAGGAACGUGACAGUCCAUGUGAAACAGAAGAGAAAUCUGAGGAAGAUGGCUCUCAGCCUGAAGCUAUCGCACUGAAGAAUUUUGAUGAGGAGAGUAAUACAUCUACCAGCCUGGGUCAAGAUGAGAUCCAGGACAACCUUCUUCAGGAUAUCCGAGAGCCAACCAUUGCUCAGCUGCUUCAAGAGAAGACACUGUAUUCUUCUGCAGAGUGGCCAAAGGACCGAGUCAUCAUAAACCGCAUUGACAACAUCUGUCACGCUGUGUUAAAAGGGAAAUGGCCAUCAGCACAGCAGCAGAGCCUUGAACCUCAGGGCGGGAUAUAUUCAAUGGGUACUCUGACAGAUCCUCUGAACACGAGGAGCUGCCUGAGCGUUCCAGUGCAAGCUCAACACACCCUCAGCAUUGCUGAUGGCUCCAUGUCUACCCAACACCUCACAAAGGAGAGCUUACUCACAUUAACAUUCCCAAGGGAUCAGAGAAGGAGGCGACGAAAAUAUGAGAUUGAGACAGACCGAGGUGCCAAGAGGAAGAACAUCGAAGAGAUUUCCCCAUCUCUUACUCGCCCUCCUGUAAUUUUAAAUGGAUGGCAAGAAACUGCUAUGGACCUCUCAAAGGCUUCCGAGGAGGCAUCUAAUUCAGUGCCUGUUAUCAUCAGUGCAAGCACGCCAAAGCUGGGAUCGCUAGAGCCCACGACUGCUUUCAGGGCAGACAUGGCUGGGGUCCUGCAGGCAGGCCUCGUCCAUCCAGUCACUGGGCAGGUGAUGAAUGGCGCCUUUAGAGGUGAUGACACGUCGAGGAGGAGGAGAGGGCGUAGGAAGAAUGUUGAAGGAAUUGACAUCCUCUUCAUGAAGGAAAAAAAGCCAGACAACCUGGAGGUGGACCUGUCGAAGCAGUUUUUCUCUGGCGUGGCUCGUUCUGCCGACAGCAUGUCCAACAUGAUGAUUAAACUACCCCAAGGCAAGCAGCGACUGCCAACUGAGGAAGAGCAGAAAAACAAGACUCUGAUCGAGUGGCUGAGGCAACAUCCCACCUACACUAUGGAUGUGUCCACCCUGGCUCCUAAUUGUACAGCAAUUUUACACGGCCUUUCAGAACGUCCCAAACAGAGGAGGCAUCGCUGCAAGGAUCCCAGUAAACUGGACAUCAAUACACUGACCGGGGAGGAGAGAGUCCCUGUUGUUCAUAAGGGGAAUGGAAGAAAGCUAGGAGGAGCUAUGGCACCAUUGAUAAAGGAGCUGCCGAGGUGGCUCGAUGCAAAUCCGGAGUACGCUGUUGCACCAGAGUGGGCAGAAAUUGUGAAGCAUUCGGGCUUUCUGCCAGAGAGUAAGUUCAGCCGCAUCCUGACUGAACCUGUGGUGAAGGAGGCCGGUGGUAGAAAGAGGGGACGAAGACCCAGGAGUGAAAUGGCAAAAGCUGGGGGAGUUUUGACAGAGACAGCUACAGCAAUGGGACCAAUGUUCAUGAAUGGGCUCAUUGCUGGGAUGGACCUGGUGAGCCAGCAAAACCUCAGAAAUAUUCACAAUCUUCAGCUGGCUGGGCUGAUGGGAUUCCCAGCUGGCUUUGCCGCCAUUCCUUCUGGAGAGGAUGGAAAGAGCAGUCUGAACAUGUUGCCCAUGAUGCUCCCUGGAGUGGCUGGGAUGUCUCAUGUGUUUGGAGUUGGGGGGUUGUUGAACAACCCGUCGGUGGUGACGGGUACCAGCAGUUCGAGUACAUCCACCUUGACAACGAGCACUUUGUCAAAAGAGGAUGUGGGCGGCGAACAGAAAGGUAAUACUGCAGAGUCAACAAAACAUGAGGAAGGUUCUUCAACAGGAGAUAAACCUGGUCCAAGCUCACCUUUCCCUGACUCUGGUGAAGCCAGAGUCACCACCAGCAACCCAUUGUCCUUCAACCCAUUCCUGCUGCACAGCAUGCCCGCUGGAUUAAUUUACCCAUCUAUGUUUCUUCCACAUGGCAUCGGUAUGGCAAUGCCUAGCUUUGCACAAGCUGGACACUCUGAAGCAGAAAGCACCGAGAGCCCAAAAAAGAAGAGGAAGAAAGCCAAGGAGGAGACUGCACGAGAUGGGACUGAACCCAGCCCACAGCAAACAACUGCUGAAGCGAGCACAGGAAAAUCGACAGACUUCACUGCCGUGCAGGACUGUUCUGGGCAGGAGACUGAAAAAGACUCUGUAGAGGAUACCCAGAAUGCUGAGUAGAAUUUGUAUUUGCUUUUAGGUCAAAUCUAGGUUUUCUUGAUUUCAAAAUUUAAACCAUGUUUAUAAUCUUUUCCCUCCUGCCUGGUCUCUUUUGCCCCCCCACCCAGUGCUGUGUGCGGCUUAGGAACAUAAAACGGUCAUGUUAAAUUCAUCCAGUGAGUUCAUUUUUAAUAUUAUGUUCUUAAUUGGGUAGCCACAAUCUCCAUAGCAGGAACUAUAAUUCAAUUUCUGUGUGGAGAUUAUGGUUGGCUGAUCUUUGUGGGGGGAGAGAAAGGUGGGGAGGCCACAAAUAUGUUGAUUCUCCAUACACCAUCCAAAAAUGUCAUGCAAGGGGAUUGGCACCAAUGUAUUCAAUGCCUCUUGUUCUAGUUUUGUCAGUAUUUCACCUCCCAUUUUUUGAAAAACCGAGCAGUGGGAUUCUGUCAGCCUAACCCUCAUUGACUGGUGAGAUGGAGAGGGUUCAUGUGCUUGUCCUGCCUUUACACAGUACCAGUAGCCUGUUGGUGAGUGUGUUGUUAGGGGACACAAUGUGGCUGUGCGGCACAGUUUAAUAAACUAACAGGAGAGUGUAUGUCAUACGGUAAUUGUUCCACUCUUAGUUUGUCAGAACAAAUCAGAACUUCUGAUAUUCGGGAUCGGGUAAAUAAAAAUGAAACAAUGCCUCUUCAGGAUUAAUCCCUUUGAAUGGUUUGCAAAUUAGGCUUCUAAAAGCUGCAUAAAGCAAAGAUUUUUGGAACAAUUCCCAGCAUUUUUGUUAUUGUCUGAGUUGCAAAACCAGUGGCCGUGCUUGAUUCCUGAGAUUGGACAUAAUAUCACUAGCGCCCUCACAGUGCCACACGUGGUCCAAUAUUUGUAACCCUGUGUCCAGAUCAUUGUGCUAUUUAAAUCACAGAAAUGUCGAAAUGCUGGUCCCCUGAUUUACAAAAGGUGAACUGAUGCUGUGAGACUUGAUUUAAGAUCCAAUUGGGUUAGAUUUCACUGGUGUUAGUUGAAGAUCACCAGUUAUGAAACUGACUUUAGAUGGUUACUGAAUAUGGCAUCUUGUUUUGUUCACUGUCAAUGUCAGUAUUGAUACCAGUUCUAUCCCCGUGUUUAAUCAUCAAACCCAAUCUGCCAGCCACACUGUGCUGGCCGACUACAUGUGCCACAUGUUGCAUCUUGCUUUUCUCUCACCCUACUUAAAAAUAAUCAGUACUAAUUUUAAUCCUUCCAAAUUUAUAGGGCAGCGUUUUAGAAUUCAAAGCCUUGGCUUCUCAGAAUGUGAUGCUUAAAAAUAAGUGAAGUAUUGGGACAUUAGUUUCCCUAUAGUGAGAGGGGAGAAGAUCCUGAUUCCUACUGUAGUUAUUUUGUGUAAUCAUAAAGUUAAGUGCACGCAGUAGGUUUGUGGAAGAUGAGCUUUUCCUGUUACAGUAUAACACUUAAUUUUUGAGGAUUCUAAUUUUGUUUUUAUGAAGGCUUGGGAGACAAGACAGAAUUAUAAUCUCCAGAAAGACUUCUUUCCAUUCUUUUAGCAUUUAGUUUAGUUAAAAUUUAGUGAACUGUAUCAAUAAAUUGUUUUAUAAAAGAAAUGUUUUAAAAGAGGGUCACCAUGGACCAAUGUGCUUGAUCAUUCAUCCUGAAUUCAUAUCCUUGCCCAGUUCACUACCAGUUGGUCCAUUAUUCCAAGGUGGGUGGCAGUGUAAGUACAGCCUGUUAGCUUUGAUAGGAUACUCUACCAAGUAACGUUGACAAUGGCUCGUGCAUCACAUUAGUUAUUACUUGACAAAUCUCCCCAUUUUCACCCCACCCUCAAUGUUUGCUAAAAAGAUGCCAGAUUGCAGAGUAAAAGUGGCAGAUUAACAGGUAAAGAGACCCUGUGUAGAAGUAUCAUAGUGGCAGUUUGUAUUGAAUUAAGUUUUUAACUCACCCAGCUCCUUUCCCCUUGCCCUUCCCUUGCAUUUUCCUUAACAGUUUUGACAAUACCAGCAGACUGACGCAGCAGGUGAACACUGUAGCUUCAGUUAAACCAAGUGAAGUCCCCUGGAGCUGAGUAUCACAUCAGGUCCUGACUGAACUUAAAUAUGAAGCUUUUAGUUGAUUGUUUAUUUCCAAAGGGAAUAUCAAGUCGCGAAGUAUUCACAAAGUUUACUGUCCACUGAAGUUUUAUUUUAAAAUAAGUGUUGAUUUUCAUUUUCUUUACUGUUACAACCUUACGUAAGUUGUGGAUUUGUACCAAGGUCCAAAUGUUGAGUCAUUCGUUAUUGCAUUAUUUAUUCAUCUGUUGUAUGUCAAUGUGUUUUUUUUAUUAUAUAUAAUAAUUAUUCUGAAUCACUAACUAAAACAUCCUGGCUCUCUUGUUUUUAAAUCUUGAAGACGAGCAAAUGGUUUCUGAAUUUUGCAUGGCAAGUUCAUCUAAAGCUUAUAUUUAAUUUUUUAAAAAAUCAAAAAAGCUUAUUUUUAAUAAUUUCCAAAUCUUUUAUGAAUCAGCUUUUGUCCCAAUAGGUACAAUGUUUAUUGAGAUGGUGUCCCAUCUGUUUGUCUGCACUGAGUUGGAGUCAUAGAGUAUGGAAACAGACCCUUUGGUCCGACCAGUCCACACUGAACAUGUUCAUAAACUAAACUCGUCCCAUCUGCCUGCUGCUGGUCUAUAUCCCUCUAAACCUUUCCUCUUCAUGUACUUGUCAAAAUUCUUUUAAACAUUGUGGCUGUAUCUUCAUCCACCACUUCCUCUGGCAAUUCAUUCCACACACUGACUUACUGUCUGUUUAAAAAAAAAGUUGUGUCUCAUGUCCUUUCCAAAUCUCUCUCCUCUCACUGUAAAAAUAUGGCCCGUAGUUUUGAACUCCCCCACCUUAGGGAAAAGACCUUCGCUAUUCACCUUAUCUGUGCCCCCUCCCCAGCCCAAUGACCCUUAUAAACCUCAGUGAAGUCACCCCUCAACCUCCUACACUACAGUGAAAAAAUGUCUCAGGCUAUCCAGCCUUUCUUUAUAACUCAAACCUGCCAUUCUCAGCACCAACCUGGUAAAUCUUUUCUGAACCCUCUGCUGUUUAAUAAUAUACUUUCUACAGCAGGGUGACCAGAACUGCCCUCAGUGCUCUAGAAGAAGCCUCGCCAUAUCCUGUCCAACCUCAGCAUGAUGUCCCGAUUCCUAUACUCACAGGUCUAAACAGUGAAGGCAAGUGUGCUAAAUACCUUCGCCACCCUGUCUGCCAGUGACGUGAGUUCUGAUAACCAGGGAUUAUUUUCUGAGAAUAAAACUAUGACUAUGUACCAGGUUGCCCAUAGUUUGUUAUAAAGGUCAACAUUCAACGUGAAUUGCCCUGGAUACAGCAAAGAUUUCUGUUUGGUUACAUUAUCGCUACUUCACUAUUGUCAAAGUGAAUCUCUUAUGCCUUUGAAUCUGGUGAAAUGUUCCAAAAAUGUUACUGAGGAAUGGUGGCAGAGGACAAACUUCCAUGCAUCAGACUUCAGGUGGCAUUACUAUAUUGGCUGAAUUUCCCCACCAACCCCAGCUGUGUGUGUAUGUUUUGUUUAUGUAUACAUGUAAAACAUUUUUAUACAUGCGCACACAUCCACACAUCUCUCUCUCUCUCUCUCUCUCUCUGUCUGCUACACCCACCUACCCUCAAGCAAAACAUUCUCCCUCUGUCUUCACCCAGCACCACAUUGGAGACUGUUACCCUCUUGUCCAUCUGUUAAUCAUGAACGUUGCAUCUACUCUUCCCCCACUUUGGAUUAUAUUUUUGAAAAUGACCUGCAAGUUAUACCAAGCAAAGUAAAAGAAAUGUACUCUGUCACAAUAGAGAAAAUGUGGACACCACUGACCACAUAACACUUUAUAUUGCUCAAUCAUCGUGGACAGAAGCAAACCAUCCUUACAUUAGUUAAUGUCUUUAAAUAUGUUUGGCAUGAGUUUGGACUCCUUGAGGACCUAUCUUGACAGUAAAGUUAAACAGUGUUUUAUAGUUCGCAGUAAUGGGCUUUGUGGCAUAAUGAAUUGUCAGUUCUAGGAGAAUGCUAUUGGAUGAGGCCCUGUUAAAAAGUAGUACUUUUUUCAGUACUGUGCAUGUUUGGCUAAUGUAGGGUUUGCUCUCAAGGAGGUGCAGGUUUACACUAUGACCCUGUCUGGCAAAUUUCAAGUGAUGGUAUAUGGCAGCAUGAGGACUUAUGAUUAAUGCCUUCAGUUCCUGAUCUAAGGGACUGAUAUCUUCCUGUUCAGAAAUUUCAUGGCAUGCAUUUUUUUUUAAAUUCAUUCACAGUGGGGCAUCAUUGAGGGCAUUACUGGCCGAAGGACAGUCAAAAGUAUGGAGUCACAUGUAGGCCAGACCAGACAAGGAUGGUAGUUUCCUUCCCUAAAGGACCCAGAUGGGUUUUUUUUUCUGACAGUCAACUCAUGGUCAUCAUUAGACUGUUAAUUCCAGACUUUUUAUUGAAUUCAAAUUCCACCAUCUGCCUUGGCGGAAUUCGAACCUGGGUCCCCAGAAUAUUACCUGGGUAUCUGGAUUAACAGAAUAUUACCUGGGUAUCUGGAUUAACAGCGCAGCAAAAACACAACUAAAACUGUCACCUUCCCAUUUACUUGUUUGGUCACUGUUUUGCACCACGUAGCAGCUUGCAGAAGUGUUCUAUGAAAGGUCUUAGAACAUAGAACAGUACAGCACAGAACAGGCCCUUCAGCCCACAAUGUUGUGCCAACCAUUGAUCCUCAUGUAUGCACCCUCAAAUUUCUGUGAUGAUAUGCAUGUCCAGCAGUCUCUUAAAUGACCCCAAUGACCUUGCUUCCACAACUGCUGCUGGCAACGCAUUCCAUGCUCUCUCAACUCUCUGUGUAAAGAACCCACCUCUGACAUCCCCUCUAUACUUUCCUCCAACCAGCUUAAAACUAUGACCCCUCGUGCUAGCCAUUUCUGCCCUGGGAAAUAGUCUCUGGCUAUCAACUCUAUCUAUGCCUCUCAUUAUCUUGUAUACCUCAGUUAGGUCCCCUCUCCUCCUCCUUUUCUCCAAUGAAAAGAGACCGAGCUCAGUCAACCUCUCUUCAUAAGAUAAGCCCUCCAGUCCAGGCAGCAUCCUGGUAAACCUCCUCUGAACCCUCUUCAAAGCAUCCACAUCUUUCCUAUAAUAGGGCAACCAGAACUGGACGCAGUAUUCCAAGUGCGGUCUAACCAAAGUUUUAUAGAGCUGCAACAAGAUCUCACAACUCUUAAACUCAAUCCCCCUGCUAAUGAAAGCCAAAACACCAUAUGCUUUCUUAACAACCCUGUCCACUCGGAUGGCCAUUUUAAGGGAUCUAUGUAUCUGCACACCAAGAUCCCUCUGUUCCUCCACACUGCCAAGAAUCCUAUUCUUAAUCCUGUACUCGGCUUUCAAAUUCGACCUUCUGUCUUGGAGUUUUAAAAAAAAACCUUUUGCACUUAUAGAAUAGGAAGGAAAUGCCAACAGUAGUUACUGUUGUUUACAAAAGAUCAAAACAAUUUGACUAUUAUUUUGUUUCCCUAUUAUUGUAAGCUUCUUUGAACAGCAAAGGUCAGUGUCUGGACGGAACAGUCUGUAACAGGAAUUUAAGUGAUAGCAAAAAUCCAUUUGUCUCAUUCCAGCAAUUUCUUUAUUUAUUCCACUGCAGUGCUGUGGAAGUGAUGUUUCAGAUUAAGUAUUACACAGAGUCCCAUCUUUGUCUUCAGAUAUAUGCAGCAGAUUCCAUGAGGCUAUUUGUAGAUGAUAACCAGGAAAAUCCCGUGGGUGUCCUGGCCAAUAUCCAUCAUAUAAAAAGUGAUACUGUUUUAAAAGAAAGUAUGUGGGAUCUUUUGCUCAAAUUCACAAUUGUUUUCCUCUAAUUUUUUCUUGCAUGUCAAGAAUUUUAGAAAUUAGGUUAUAGCUGCACCUGAGAAAUGAAAGUUCUUUUCUCCUCCAAGCAGUUGCCUACCUAAUACAAGGUUGUCUCCAAUUCAGUCAGCGGUAGUAAAAACUGCUGAUGCUGGAGCCAGGGACAACACAGUGUGGAGCUGGAGGAAUACAGCAGGCCAGGCAGCAUCAGAGGAACAGGAAAAUGAAGAAGGGUUCCGACCUGAAACGUCAGCUUUCCUGCUCCUCUGCUGCCUGGCCUGCUGCGUUCCUCCAGCUCCACACUGUUGUCUCCAAUUCAAUGUGCUUUAAUACUGCUUGCUAAUCUGCAGAAUACAGCCUAGUCAGGUGUCUUCUGAAAUGUUAUAUAGACAGCGGUUCCAGCUGGAUUAGUGAAAUCUAGUCUGUUCUCCUCAAAAUCAUGCACAUUGUCUCUGUUCAGCUCUGAUAAGGUAGAGAAAGAAAUACUUGCCUUUUGAUAACACCUUUCACAACUUUGUGAUGCCCCAAAGUACAUUUACACCAAGUACUUUUGAAAUGUAUAGUCACAGUUGAAAUACAGCAGCCAAUUUGCACACAGUAAGAUUCCACAAAACAAUUUGAUAAUGACUGGGUAAUCUGUUUUCAUUAUGUAUGUUUAAGGGAAAAAUAUUGGUUAGGACUUUGAGAAAACUCCCCUGUUCUUCACAUAGUGUCAUGCGAUCUUUUGCAUCUGCCUGACAGAGCAGAUACCACCUCUAUUUAACGUCUCAUCAGAAAAGGCAGCACCCUCUGAUGACACAGUGCUGUUGCAGUAUUUCACUCGAGUGUCAGCUUAGAUUUUUUUUUAAUACUCAUGUCCUCAGAAUGGAACUUCAGCCCACACCAUUUUAAAUUGGGUAAAAAUUAUGCCACCUCAGCCACAGUUUAUAUUUCAGUAUCUUUCUUAGAGUUGACAAUAAACUGCCUGGUCUCUGGUCAUUUGGCAUUCCCUUUUUAAAUAAUAAUUUAUCAAUUCAGUGGAAUUAUUCCUGAAUCUGGAACAUUUGCAUUUUCUGUUUUUUUUUAAUACUCAGGGGUUAAAAGACAUCAUGCCAAGAGAUUGGUGUGCCUUAAGUCCCAUUAUGUAUUACAUUAUCUUUUAUUCACCACAUUCCUCCUUUUGACUUGUUUUUGGGUUCCCUUGUGCCACUGGUAUUUUUUUCUGGUCCUCCAUUAUAAAAUAGGGUAUUAAGCAUUGAUUUAACAUGUCUUCUGUUUCCUAUUUUUCACUGCAAUCUGGCUGAUUUCAGUGAACUCUGAUUUCCCCUUGUUAAUAAAUUGAUUGAAAACUAUAUUUGCAAGUUUCUUUUUCAUGAUCUUUGUGAACCUCAUUUUGUUUACAUCCCUCUGUUACUUUUUGUAGUUUUGAUGGAUGUCCAACUUCCAUUUUGUUAGCCCUCCUCAUCUCACUUGGUGUCCGUAACCAUGUAAGUGGAUCUUUUGGCUUUAAGAGGAUCAUGCACAAUACUUUGAAACUUUCUGCAGUUGGUCCCCUGCCCAAAAGCUUGGCUUAAAGCGUUUCAGCAUGCUCUUGUAUCAAGUGUCAGCCAUGGAUUAUUUGGUAGCAUGUUUGUAUCUCAGUCAGAAGGUUAUUGGUGCAAGUUGCAGAGGGACACUUAAAUCAAGGCAGUACAGUAUGGAGGGAGUACUGUGCUGUCAGAGGAACUGUCAUUUCAAUGAGACAUAAACUGAAGUUCCAUCUGACUGAUGCAGUAAGCCCCUUGGCAGUAUUUCAAAAAGCAAGAGAGUUCAUAGAAUCCCUACAGUGUGGACGCAGCCAUUCAACCCAUCGAGUCCAUACUGACACUCCAAAGAGCAUCCCACCCAGAUGCACCCUCUCCCUGUAAUCCCCCAUUUCCCAUGGUUGACACACCCAGCCUGCACAUCCAUGGCAACUAGGAGCAAUUUAGCUUGGCCAGUCCACCUAACCUGUGCAUCUUUCGACUAUGGGUGGAAACUGCAACACCCGGAGUAAACCCACACAGACACAGGGAGAGUGUGCAAACUCCACACAGUCAGUGGCCCAAGGAUAGAAUCAAACCCAAGUCCCUGGGCACAGUGAGACAGCAGUCCUAACCACUGAGCCACUGUGCUGCCAAAGUUAUUCCUGGCUAGUAUUUAUCCCACAUUCUUCUUCACUAGAAAACAGAAAAUCCAAUUGUCGUCAUGUUGCUUUUUGUGGGAGUAUGUGCAGUGUGCAUAUUCAUUGCUGUGUUACCUACAUCGCGAUAGUAACUACACUUCAAAACUUAUUUCAUUGGCUGUGAACUGCUUUUGUUGUGAAAGUCACGACACGAUUGGAAGUUUUGUUUUAAUAUCACCAAUAAAUUAUUUUGAUUGAAAUACCUUUAUUGAUUGUGAUAAUGUCCUCUGAAUUCCACUGUCUUAGUUUCUGAACUAAAUAGUAUUUAGUGCUAAUGUCAGUCCUUUAAUACCUCGCCUAUAUCUUUGUUAUUGCCAGCAAAACAAGCCAGUUGCUUGUUCUGAGUUUUGUCUUUUGUUAGUGUCCAGUUUAAUUGCACUGAGUGGUGUAAUUUUGGAAAAUGUUGGGAGCAUGUUUUACCCACACCAGCAUCUGGUCUGGAAAAGUAGAGCUAAUGGCACCUCAAACAUAGCAGGUUAGUUUAGCUUUCAGGUCCUAGUGAAAUUCUAAAGAAUGGGCCCACUAAUCAGGAGGCAUUUUGAUGAAAAGUUAUGUAAUCGAUUGUGGUACAGAGGAAGGCCAUUUACCCUGUUAGGUACAUGCCAGUUCCUCGUGGAACAAUCAAAUCAGCCCUAUAACCCUCUUGUUCCUCUCAUCCUAUAAGUUUAUUUUCUUCGAGUACUCUUCUAAUAUUCUUCUCUCUUUUUGCGUUGUUUCUAUAUUCACCAAUCUGUUCUACGUCAUUACCACAUGCAUUUUAAAAAACAUUCUUCCAUCCAUUACCUCUUUCUCUCUUGCCCAAAAAUAUAAAUCUCUGACAACUAGACCUUGAGGCAUCAGGUAUUAGAAAAUGUUUUUCCCUACCUAUGUAAUUUAGGUUUGUAAGUUCGCUCAGUUGGCUGGAUGACUGGUCAUGAGGCAGUGUGAUGCCAACUGUGUGGGUUCAAUUACUGCACCAGCUGAGAUUACCAUUAAGGACUGUCCUCAAACUCUCCUUGCCUGAUUGUCUGGUUAACCACCACCAAAUAUCUCUGUCGAAUGAGAAAGCAGCCCUAUGAUCUGGUGACUUUAUCGCACCAUUAUUUAAUUUUGUAACCGCUGUCCAAUCUCCCUUCAAUAUCCUUUGCUCCGAGAACAACCCCGGCCUUUCCAACCAAGCUGUGUAACGAAACCCCCAUCCUGAAAUAUUCCAGUAAGUCUCCACAGCAUGUAACCUCUAGGGGAGGUGAACGCCUAGUAGUAUUAUCGCUGGACGCUUAAUCCAGCCAGAUGAUGUUCUGCGAACCCAAGUUUGAAUUCUGCCACGAUAGUGGAAUUUGAAUUCAAUAAAAACCUGGAAUUAAGAGUCUAAUGAUGACCAUAAAAGCAUUGUUGCUUUUUGGGCAAAACUCAACUGGUUCACUAAUGUCCUUUAGGGAAGGAAACUGCAAUCCUUACCUGGUCUGACCUACAUGUGACACCAGACCCACAGCAAUGUGGUUGACUGUCAGUGGCCUGCUGGACAAUUAGGGAUGAGCAAUAAAUGCUGCCAUCUUGUGAAUGAAUGAAAAAAUUACCUCAAGGAUCCUCAUGCACUGAUAAAAAUAUUGUGACUAGAGCUGCACACAGUAUUCUAGUUGUAGCCUAACCAGAGCUCUGUAUAGUUUCAGGGUUUCAAUCUUUUUUAUUCGCUAUUUCUCUAUUUAUGAAGUCCAGAAUCCCAUAACUUUUGCUUUCAGCACAUGCUGCCAGUUUCAAAGAUCAGUGUACACUGCCUGUUGUUAUCCUUACUGCCAAAAUGUAUCAACUCUCACUUAUCUGUAUUAAAUUCUAUUUAACUUUGUCUGCUUAUUCUGCUAGCCUGUUUAUAUGCUAUUGCAUGUAAUGCACACAUCAUCCUCACUGCUGCUCCAAGUUAGUGUCAUUAAUGGCAUUUUUAAGUUUUACUCUGUAUUCCAAUAUUCAAGUCAUUUCUAUAAAGCAAAAAAGUGAACUGACCCCUGAUCCUCAGAGAACAUCGUUGUCUGUCUACCACCAGCGAUAACUCUUGUUUCCUGUCCUUGAGCCAAUGUACAAUACUGGUGUUACAAGAACAUUGGGAUGGAGUUUUUUAUUGCUUAAAAAAACAAAUUGUGUGGUUCUUGAUGUCAGAAUUUGGCUUUAGGCGCAAAGGAUAGCGACACGUCCAAUCUCAGUCACACAGCAUAAUGAAGGCAAAUAAGGCUCAAUUUGCUUUUGAGUAGUUUUUUUGGUUUGAGCAGACCAACAGAUGGGAGUUAAGUCUCUUUAUAACAUAAUAACAUGUCUGUAAAGUGUCCUGUGCAGACUUUGCAUUACCUGCUACAAGACUCAACACUAAAAGCUUUGCAAAGAGGAGAAACAGUAAAAACUCUCAAACCAUUCCUGCUUGUAGACCAUUAGCCCUUUAAUUAUUUGCGUGUAAUGAUGAGUAUAUCUUGUGUGUUUUUUAAAUAAACAAUGAAUCUUGAGGAUUUGACGCAGAUGAACGCAACACAGGGAGCCACUUUGAUGUGUCAACCCUGAAGUCCUUUUACUUGAAACUAGCAGAAAUCUUUCAUAAAAUCAAUUGUAUGAAAUCAGAUCCAUGUUGAAAGAGCACUUUUAAAAGUGUCAUGCAAUUGCAAUUAAUCUCUAAAUUAGUCCCCUGAUAUCAACUUUCUUUUUGCUCUUUAUUGACUAAAAGCUGAUAAAAAUGAUUAAGUACCCGGUAACAGAAUCGAGGAGUUUGAACACAUCAAUAAGCAGAACCUGACCAGGAUGAAUAAAUUGUAGCCUUUUAAAGCUGUACGUGUUACAUGAGGUUACAUUUAACCACAAGGCAAGCUGUACAUUAUGGGUAAAUGAGCACAAAUUGAGAGCAGCAAGAAAUGGGCUACAUAUCACAUGGUCAAACUUUUUGUAAAUAUACAAAUAUACUUGACACUAUUUAAAAUGCUGAGGGACUCUAGAGAAUUAUAGCAAUAAAUUAGAGAACUGUUAUGUGUUGUAUAAAGAAAUUGUGAAGUAUAUUUCUGUUCCUCUGUUCAUUUCAGUUAGCUUUGUUUUAUACUGAGGCCACCAUAGAAUAAUGAGUAAAAAAAAUUAAAACUUUAGAACUGCUUAGAUACUGAACGCUCUGUUACACAAUGGCAGUGGAAAGUGAAACUAGACUGUGUGUAGUUUCUUCUAUUUAUCCUUUAAUUUGUUGAGUUUUACUUUUUUAUGGUAUACCUUUUGUGUAAUUUAUAUAUAGGUGUACAGACUAUACAGGUCACUGAGAGCAGUUUCACUUUGAGAGACGUUUUUAGUUUGUAUCAAUUUUAUUUGGAUCAAAUAGCAAUGUUAAAAGACGAGACCUAUGUAGACAGACCCAUUUAAUCACAGAUUUGUAGAUGUUUAGUGUUCAUGAAAGGUUUGUGUGUUCUUGUUACCUUGUGCUAACAAAACCCAGAAAUAGCUGGGAGAAUCACAGUUUCUAAUUGCACCCAUUUAUUAAUGCAAGAUGUGAAGCUGGAAUGUAAAUCUUCAGCCAUUUUAAAAUCAUUGAAUAUUGAACUGGAGUCCAAAAUACUUACGGACAGAAUUGCCCAGAAAAUGUGUUUUUAAAACACACCUGCUUCACCUCUUUCCAUCUGACUGAGGUAGUAUUUACACUUUGAGUCUUGGUGACACACGGGUGUUCUAUCUACCAAAUGCUAACUGUGAAGUGGCAAUGGAUUUGUUUAUCCAACACCCCUACGUUUUGAUUUCUGACAGUGAUUUCUGUUUUCAUUUCUCCUCUUCUGGACCACUAAAGUAGUUUUCCAUCCCACAUGGUGGAAGAGGCGUUGCUUCACCAGUGAAUGCUAAGGGGGUCCUGCAGAUCGUACGGGCGAGUAACAGCAUCAUGAUGUAGUUUGUUUACGAUCAGAUAUUCCAUUUAGUACUUUUCUUUCCCCCCCACCCCAGUAAAGCAUUUCCAGUAGCCUGGCUUUAGGUACAAACUGUUCGGUGAUGAUUCAAGCACUGUGUUUUAUUAACUUUUGUUUCCACUGUUGUUUCCAUUGUGUCGGAAACAGAAUAAAAUUUAACUAUCAAUAAAAAAUGGAAGUUGGUAAAUUUUAUAUUUUAGAUGUCUUAAUUUCUGAAUAAUAGUUUAGCGUAUUCUGUCUGUGUUGUACAGCAGGUCUCAAGACCACACCGUUCCAGUUGUCAGCAAUGGGUGCUUAGUUGCCUAAUAGGCAAAAGACUAUCUCCAGACUCUCAGACUGGAACUUCAGUUUUCAUGAUGGCUACCAGCUAUAGUUAAGAAAAAGCUUUGUCUGAUAUCAGCCAAAGUUAACACAUUGAGAAUGUUAAGUGUAAAAUCUUUUUUCUGGUGUGGUUUGGGGAAGGGAUGACCUUAAUAUUACUCAUCUUGCCAUAUAGUGUGUGUUUGAUGGUCCUAGUUGGUUUGCACUCUUGAACAAGGCUCUGGCCUGCGUUAUUACUGCCCUGUCAGUUACAUAACAAGAGCUCACUAACAGGAAGGGGAAUUGAACAAUAAUAUUACUAUGACAGUUGCUCUAUAGCUUAACUCGAGAUGCUUGCAUUACAGUUCUGUCAGUGAAUGAUUUUCACAUCUACCAAGCAAUAUUUUUUCCCUAAUUAGUCGAGGACACAAGUUGGAGCUGGCUUCCAAAAUCAGGAGCAGCAUAGACUUUAGAUUUGAACAGUUCAUAAUGCAAGGCUUCUGUGGCAAAAAAAAGGCCUCUUUCUACUGUGCUUUCCCCUGUCUACACUAAUGGCAGCCCGGCACGGAUUCCCUCUGCUCUCAAUCAUUUCAUCCUGGUUCCUAUUCUUAAAACAAAGCCUUAGAGGAAGUGACGUUGUUUUCAAAUUUAGUCAAUGUUGCAAUGCUGCGUAUUGGAUACCUCAUUUAUUUUGUAUCAAUAUCCCCAACCUACUGAUAUAAUUGCUCUUGUAUCUAAAUACUGUACCUGACUUGUCGAAAGCCUCAAUAAAAAGUUAACAACCCGGCA